AUGGUCCGCAAACUCAAGCACCACGAGUCGCGCCUCCUUCGCAAAGUCGAUCUCCUCACCUACAAAUCCGAUUCUUCAAACCACCGUGAAGCUGCCGUACGUCGGCGCUAUCAUUUGACACAUCCUUUGGAUUAUCAAAAAUACAAUGUGCUCUGCGGGAAACUACGUCAGCUGGCGCACCUACUCUCCAACCUCGAGCCCGAUGAUCCGUAUCGACGGCAGAUGGAGACGGUGAUGCUUGAGAAACUCUUUCAAAUUGGCAUCUUGAAGCAGUCUCGUGAGCAAGGUGCUGCAUUAUCAGCAAUCGAAAAUGAUAUUACGGUGUCCGCCAUUUGUCGGAGGCGCCUGGGUGUACUUCUGGUUCGCUCAGGCAUGGUCGAGAACAUCACAACCGCCCAUAAAUUUAUUGAGCAAGGCCAUGUCAGAGUCGGCACCGAUGUCGUUACAGACCCCGCGUACCUGAUUUCUCGAGGUCAAGAAGACUUCAUCACCUGGACGGAAGGCAGCAAGAUACAGCGACAAGUGGCCAGCUACAGAGACAAACUAGAUGACUUCGACCUGCUGUGA